AUGUAUAGCAGUAACGAACCAGUUCAAGGCGUCGAGACAUCUUCCGUAGGGUUGCACAAUCCACCGCCUGUUGUACCAUCGGGCCCGCGGACACCAUUAUUACGAAAGCCAAAUAAUUCGUUUCUUAAGCGCAAGAUUAUUCUCAUGCUUUCGGGUUUAACUCUCGCCAAUGUUGCGUCGUGGAUAAUUACAGUCUUUACAUUUCGCGAAUUCCCUUCACUCAUAGGCACGGCAGCAUUAGCAUAUACCUUGGGCCUUCGACACGCUGUAGACGCCGAUCACUUGGCUGCUAUUGAUAAUGUUACCCGAAAACUUUUACAGACCGGGAAACACUCUGUAUCCGUUGGUUUGUUCUUUUCCCUGGGUCAUUCGACAAUCGUGAUAUGUGCAUCACUCGCCAUUGCCGUCACCGCUACCACAAUAAAAGAUAAAUUUGGCGACCUUCAAUCUAUAGGUGGUCUAAUAGGAACCUCGGUGUCAGCAACGUUUCUGUUUGUUAUUGGAAUCAUCAACACCUUUGUGCUAAUUUCGGUUUAUCGUUCGCUUCAAAAGUUGAAGCGUACCGGUGUUUUCGAGGAGGAAAGCAUCGACAAUGUUCUUAAUAAUUAUGGAUAUAUAGGCAGAUUAUUUGGACCCGUGUUCAAGUUCAUCGAUGCGAGUUGGAAAAUGUAUCCACUCGGGGUACUCUUUGGCUUUGGAUUUGACACCUCCACGGAAGUUGGACUUUUGGGAAUUGCCGCCAUUCAGGCGAACCAAGGGCUCCCCGUCUGGAUGAUCAUGAUUUUCCCCUUACUUUUUACAAGCGGCAUGGCCCUAAUAGACACCAUCGAUGGAAUCUUAAUGUUGGGAACCUACACUUGGGCAUUUAUCAAUCCAAUUCGAAAGUUAUACUAUAACUUUAUCAUAACAUUACUUUCCGUUCUGGUCGCAUUUGUAAUCGGGACAAUUGAGUUGUUCAAUAUUUUGGGUGAUAAGUUGAACCUUCGUGGUCCAUUCUGGGACUUUUUCGGUUCCCUUGGUGAUAAUUUCGGUGUUAUUGGUUAUUUGAUUAUCGGAAUAUUCAUCAUUACUUGGAUCAUUGCAAAGAUUAUUUAUCGGUGCGGUGGUUACGACAAGUUGGAACAACACUUUAUCCAGCAAGGUGCUGAUGUUGAUAACGACGAUGUGAAGAGCACUUCGAGUUCAAAAAACAACGAUGCUGUAGUCGGUGAUAACGACAGCGGAGGAAAAAGCAAAAAAACAUCCACGGAAAUUGAAGUCGCAUAA